AUGACUGGCGUAUUUUUCACGCGGCAGAAGGAGGGGAAUGAUGCGGGAUGGUCGCCGUUGAUCGUCGGUGCGCGUGAAAAGCGUGAAAAUCACGAGGAGGAGGGACGGUCGGUGAAAUUCGGCGGCGGUGGGCCGCAGGCUCGUUUAUCGGUGAUUGGCGCGGGAUACGCCGGCACCGGAAGUGCUAAAAUGCCCCGUAGCCUGCCGACUAGACGAGGUCUUCAGGCGUUGGCGCUCGUUCUCGCCACCGCUUAUGCCACUAUCCUCCUUUAUCAGGCCAUUGCACCUCGUCAGUGGGUUGACGAGAUGACGGUCGAAGUGAAUAGUAGAAACGUGUUGGUGGAAGUGCCGGCGUCGAGGAGGAUGAUGAUCAGCGAGGAAUCAUCGGUGACACCUGCGAUCGCGACUGCGACCAUGGCGCUGUUCACCACGAAUCUCGACGACGUGUUCAUCAGCGUGAAAACAACCAAGCACUACCAUCACUCCCGCCUGCCAGCUAUCAUCAGCACGUGGUUUCAAUUCGCCAAGGAUCAGGUACGUGACAAAUCGUCCGGUAACUUUCAUGCUUCUUGUAUUCUCUAUAGAAUCCUGUUACCAUGUUACAUGUAUAGUGAGAUGUUUAUUAUAGAUCUUUACAGUUUAUCUCUGUAAGAUUGCAGCGUUAAAUUAAACUUAAUAGAAAGCCAAUGUUAAGUACAAUAUUGGAUAUGAUGCAGCAUGUUAA